AUGGUCAAUGGUUGGAGUCCUGAUGAAGUCGCAAGCGGCAGAAGACUGGUCCAGUUCCACAGUGUAUGGACAAACAGUACAGUCAGAUGCGUCGUAGAACGUUACCACUCUGGUUCUUCUACUAUCCAUCCCAACGAUGUGACCCGCUCCAUUGCUUCUUGCAUUCGCUGGCCUGGAACCAACAAGUACUACAUCACUUCUGUUGACUGCAUCAACAUAAUCCAGAGCAUCAUGAAUAUCAGACUUCAAGUUGAAGAAAAGAACCGAGUCCGCCGCAACUUGGAAGGAUACAAGCCUAUCACUGUCAGCAAGUGCCACCCCGAGACUGCCGAUUUCUUCAAGCUCAUCAUGGGUUUCCAAAACCCAAAGCCUCGCAACAUUGAAAAAGACAUCAAGGUCUUUCCCUGGGAAACUCUCGAAGAUGCCUUGCAAAAGGUUGUAAUCAAGUAUACCGCCGCAAGAUUCGUAAACAGAAACGCACCUCAAUAG